GUGCCUGCGCGAACAAACGCACACGCACGAGUCCGACGCGUGCUGAGUGCAGGAAUCACAAACAUAGCGACACACGGGAGGGUUAGAGCGUGACGCCAGCAACCUAACGCCGUUGCAUUGCUCUCUUUCACACACACUCACGCCUCUCAUACACAUACAGCAGCGCACGAGCCAGUGAGCAGGACAGCGCUGGACGUAUCAUUCAUGUAGGGAAGAGAUCAGAAGAGAAGGAUUAACUAUCUCCAUCCCUUUCUCUCUCUAAGGACAUUAUCCUCUCUGCCUUCCUCUUAUGUUUCGAAGCUUCUCUUCCCCUCGCUUUCUCCGCAAUCCCUCAGUUUUUCCCCUUUCAAUAUUCAUUGGCGGGGGAAUCGCCUGUAUACAGAGAGAAGGAUUAGUCUGGCAUUAUUCAUCUGAACCAGGAUCUUAAACGUAUGGACUUCUUUAACUGGAGAGGUGACAGUUUCCUUUCGAUGUUUUUUCCCGUGAGCAGUUCUUGAUCAUUCCGUGUUUUUCCAAGUCCUUUAAAUUUUUCAAUUUGUGGGAUAUUUUUAGAGUGAUGGCUGGAGGCAGGAAGCGAUAAAGGCUAGUGCUGGCUGAGAUAUCUGCUCAGGAGGUUCAGUUACAUGGUGUCCUGUUGAUCCUCUGUCUGAUGCCCACUGUGCACCGUGUUGCUGUUUCCACCUGCUGUAAAAGACUUUCUGGGUGUUUUGGUUUUUCGCAGUCGUUGCCCACCUGGAGGCUGUGGGCAUGGCGGCUUGACAACCCCUAUAUCCAUCCCUCUAACAGAGGAAAGCCACAGAGCUCUGUCAUGCCCCCCAACACCCACCCCCCUGGGGGCAUCAGCAUGUCCCCAUCAAGUGCUACCAUCCACCCGUCCAAGCCUGCCUUCCUCUGUGCGCUCUGCCUCCUGGCAGCACUCUUACCACCAGCCUCCUCCUGCCCCCCUCCCUGUAUCUGCUCCUCAGACGGCCUGGUGGUGGACUGCGGGGGCCGUGGCCUCUCCUCCCUGCCUCCCCUGCACCUCCUGCCUCCGGGGAGCCGCUCCCUCCUGCUAGCCAACAAUAAGCUUGCCUCCCUGGGAGCGUCUGCCUUUGCUAACCUCUCCUCUCUAGAGGAGUUGGACCUCUCUAAUAACUACCUAGACAAUUUACCACCUGGACUAUUCAGAGACAUGUCUAACCUGACUAGACUGACUCUGCACAACAAUUCUCUAACUAUAAUGGACAGAGACCUCUUCCAGGGUUUGGGGGGUCUUCAGAGUCUGGAUCUGUCCCUAAACGGACUGUCCUCUGUUCCUCUGGGGCUACUGGACGAGUUGCAGAGCCUCAGGUGGCUGUCACUAGCCAGUAACAGACUUCAUGGUCUGGAGAGGGCAGCGUUUGAGCCCCUUGCCAACCUACAACACCUAGAACUGGGACACAACCCCUGGGAAUGUGACUGCAACCUCCGCGAUUUCAAACACUGGAUGGAGUGGCUGCUGUACAGAGGGGGAAAGGUGGAUGCCGUGGAGUGUACACUACCAAAGGACCUACGUGGGAGAGACAUCCGUGGUGUUCCGGUGGAAAUGUUCAACUACUGCCUCCAACUUGAGGAUGAGAACGGGGGAGGAGGCGGUGAGGGUUCUCGCUCCGGACACGGAGGCGUUCCUCCAUGCAGCAGGAGUGCUCUUAACCCCAGUGGGGCAACACCAAUUUCUGACAACAGUGGGAACACUGGUGAAGACUCCUCAUCGAACACAGCAGGCGGUGCCGCAGGAGGAGGAGGAGAAGCCCCGUCAGAUUGCGUUCGCGCUCGCUACCGACCUGCGAGUGUGCGCCGCGCCAUCGGCACAGUGGUGAUUGCAGGCGUGGUGUGCGGCAUAGUUUGCAUCAUGAUGGUGGCAGCUGCAGCGUAUGGCUGCAUCUACGCCUCUCUGAUGGCCAAAUACCAGAGAGAGCUGAAGAAGAGGCAGCCACUCAUGGGAGAUGGAGAGGCAGAUGGGGAGGAUAGGGAGGAGAAACAGAUCUCCUCUGUGGCUUAAAGAUGGAGGAAGGUAGACUUGUCAAGGGAUGAAAGUUGGAAAGUGCAAAAAUUAAAAGGGCUCCAAGAGGUGAGAGAUGGAAGAGUUUGCAGUAUGCACAUGAACCGUUACGGUAUCUCUCAGAUUCUCAAACUGGCACCAUACUCCUACUAUUUGUCUUCCUUUCCUUCCAUCCUCUUUCUAGUUUAAACUUUUCUCUCUCUCUCUCUGUCUCUCUCUGUCUCUCUCUUUCUCUCUCUCUAAUACACUCGCUCACAUACAACUGAUCUGUUCCCUCACUUUCUCUUGAAUUUGGAGCCUUUCUCACUGCAGCAUUGUGACCAAUUUACCCAUCCAGUCCGCUUACCAACCACCUACUACUGCUGUUGGCUGCUGCUGAAUUCACCAUUCUAUUAGCCAAGAGCGUAAAUGAUUUUGUACUCUUUCUAGUAUGAAAAGUUAGCUGUUACAGGACACUUUUAGUGCAUGGUCAGUCAGUAUUUUGUAAAACUGGAUGGAAUUUUUCAGGGAUUUAUAGUAUGUACUUUGGCGAUUGGACCAAUAUUCACAAUAAUCAUGUGGAUUUGUGAUAUUGUAAUAAUCAGUUCCCAGCUCUUAUUCUAACUGCAUCUUUUGCCUGCUCAAAUUCUCAAAAGCCAGUGGUUUCUCAAAAAACAGGACCUCAGGUCUCAUCUGGACUAAGGCUUCUCCGAUAUUCCUUUGGACCAGUUCCCAAAACAUCCAUGGACGGAAAUCUCAAUGGGUGUAGGGGAAUUUUUGUCACAGUCACUUUUACCACUUUGCUGCAGCCAGGAUACUGAGGAUGCAGCUCAUGUUUGACAGGUAAUCAAACACACAGUCUCCUAAGUCUCUUGUCACUUGAGGCCUGUUGGAUGUCAAGGAUUCGACAGAAAACCAUUUGGACUGACAAAAUAACAAUUUGUGGAUGACUAGGCGAUUCAAAACUAUGAGGCCAGAGACUGUGGUUAGAUGCUCUAGCCUAUCUGGACCGCAUCACUUCCCGGGGGGGGGGUUGUGGACCAACAACAUCAUCCAGGCUUCACAGAAUGAGCUGUGCAUGAGAUUCUUCAGCGGAUCAUAUCAAUCAGCUAAAUGCAGAACAAUUUAACUGAAUAUUUGUCACCUGCGCCGGCCAAAUUCCUUUGCUUUUUUGACGGCUGCAAAACAACGAUCAGCAUCUGGACAAACUGAGAAAGUGGUCAAAUAUUCCUUUUCAGAAUGAUGUUUGCUACUAUGGCAUGUAACACGCUAUCUCAGAGAACCCUGUCUCAUUGCAAGGACUACAAAAAUAUAUCUAAGAACUAUAAACUCAGACUCCUGCACUUUAUUUUCCUAAUCGGUUUCCCUCUGGCCUCCUUCUUCCUCUCCCUCUCUUUCUUUCUAGGAUGGACGAUUUGCCCAAAGGGAUUAUAACGAACAAGGGAUUAAACAAAAAAGACGCUGCUAUUUUUCCCCCUCCUUCUUGCCCCUUUAUCUCCCGAUCCAUUUUUCUAUUCAGUGCUAUUUAUGGAAGGUUUUUCACACUUGCUUUAAGACUUCCACCUCAUUUCUUUGCUUUUAUUCCUCCCUUCUAUCAAAUUGUUGUAUCCUGUGAUUCUGCAAUAUGCAAUGGAAGUUCUGUCAUCACGACAUGAAAACCUUUUCACUGCCAAAGACUUAGAAAUCAUACAGUAAUUUUUUCCAAUCUGUUCAAUUAGUACAUUUUUUCUGUACCGUAUUUAGCGCAUUCACAAUGUCCUAGCUAGUUCCAAGACUACCCCAUAUGCCUUUCAUUGCAUAUUGCUCCUUUACAGUACAAUCAAACUACUGUACUGCUCCCUCUCAAAAGUUAAUUGGCUCACAUAUUACCAGUGUGUAUCUUAUACUUAGGUAUGAUGCAAGUGAAUAUCAUUAUAUUAAUCCAUUAUAUAGUGUGUUCGCCCAGCAAUUCCCAUGUUUUUGAUGUAACUGUUAGACAUUUCUGUAUCAGUUCAUAUUGUAUGUCUUUUUUAUUCAGACAGUCUAUGUUAUAUGUUUAUUUCAGCUUUAAAAUCUCUGUACUGUUUGUUAAUUUGUCUUGUUCAUUUACUUGUGUUCAGUAGUUUGUAAAAUUUCAGCCAGAAGCAUAGAAAGAGUUUGGUCAGAGGGGACAAGGGCCCUGUGUUCCCUGAAAACAUCAAGUGAGCUGACAUGCAAGAGUAUAAAAAAAAAUCAAAUAGUAUGUAGGUUUUUGGUACAUACUGCUCCUAUUACGAGUCAUAAGACAAGAAACUUUACAUACUUAUGUAUCCAUCAUAGCUAAUAUGCAUUUAGUCUGUGGUUAAGAUAAAAUCAGCUUAAGCAUAAAUGCUAUGGUCAUGGUUAAAUAAUAGGUUGUAGCCAUGGUUAUAUAGUUAAAAGUGUAACUUAACUGCUAGGGACAAGUCUUGGAAUUAGAAAAUGUGCUAUUGAUGCAACUUAUGCAACACACUAACUCUAUUUUCUUUAAUCAUUCCUAAGCAAGUGGGUCAUGAUUCAUGGCAAACUAACAUGUAUGGAGCUUAAAGACUUACUUACUUAACAUUGCUAGGUAUAAUAGCAAAUGUAAAGAGAUGAGGAAGUUUAAGCCUACAUCAACCAUUGGGAUUUCAGCAGGUUUGAGAUGAACUAGCAUCUUCGAGGGAUACAGAAGGUUUUCAUUAUGUAAGCAAUGUGACAUUUUCGAAGGUUUUAAAUGACAGAACAUGUAAACAUCAGCAACUACUAAACUCUUUCUAUGAAUCUAGAAGCAUCGUCCUCUCAGGCCCGGUCUGUAGGUCUUGUGUUGUUGGUAGCUAAGUAUCUUAGCUAGCUGAAUCAUGCUCUAAUAGCCUGUGUGUGUACAAAUAAUAAAUUAUAGUUUGUUACAUACAGUACAAUCUGCAGCAGCCAUGAGGCCUGAGGGCCUUAAAGACUAAACUGCCCAGAACUGCCCGUAUAUGGUGUGUUGUGUUAUUAUUAUGAUUGUGAUUAUGACAAUGAUGCUACAAUGAUAAUGAUGAUGAUGAUGACGAUGAAGCACUUACUGGUCAAUAUGCAUUGAUUUAAAUAAAACAUAUCACACUUAUGCCAAACUUA